CCACCUCUCUCUCUCUCACGGGCACACAGAAAGGUUGAGCUUUUCCAUCACCAAUCUCUCCAUUCUCCUUUUUCCUGAAUUUCUGGUGGAUUCCCAGUACUUUUUACCCAAAUAGCAACGAUUCAGAUAACUCCUCCAACUCAAAAGCAAAAUACAAAAAAGUGAAAAGAAAACCCUAUAAGAUUUACUCCUAGUACAACACUGAGAAGAAGAAAGAUCAGAACAAACCCAAUCCCUCUCCAACUCAAAAACCCAAAUUCUUUUGCUUCCAAAUUCUCACAAAUUUAAACCCCAAAAUCCUUCCCACUGGAAUUUAGCAAUGCCAGAAAACUAGUACCCAUUCACAAGUAAGGAGCUCCCGAAUUUUCCCGAGAAAAUUUCCGGCAAUGGACAAACCCAGAUUCCGCCUCCGCUGCUCCAUCACCAAGCUCAUCUUCUUCUGGAUCGCAAUCCUCCUCACCAUCCUCAUCUUCUUCCACCGAACCCCUUCUUCCAAUCCCAACCGCCGCGUCCUCCCCAGCCUUCCCGCCUGGGAAAACGUCGUCGUCCAGUCCGCAAAACCCCUCGCCAACUCCACCACUGGCCAAUCCGUUCUCGUCACCGGCGCCGCCGGAUUCGUCGGGACCCACGUCGCCCUCGCUCUCAAAAAACGCGGCGACGGCGUCGUAGGGAUCGACAACUUCAACAAGUACUACGACCCGACACUGAAACGCCGCCGUGCUGAUCUCCUCCGCCGCAAUGGGAUCUUCGUACUGGAAGCCGACAUCAACGACUCAGAAAAACUCGCGAAGCUUUUCCGGUCGGUGAAAUUCACCCACGUCGUCCACCUGGCCGCCCAGGCCGGCGUUCGAUACGCUCUUAGAAACCCAGCCUCGUACGUCCACAGCAACAUCGCCGGAUUCGUGAAUCUCCUCGAAGCCUGUAAAACAGCCAACCCACAGCCGUCGAUCAUCUGGGCGUCGUCGAGCUCCGUGUACGGCCUCAAUUCAAAAGUUCCCUUUUCCGAAACGCACCGUACCGACCAACCGGCGAGUUUAUACGCGGCGACAAAGAAAGCAGGGGAAGAAAUAGCACACGCGUACAAUCACAUAUAUGGGCUUUCAAUUACUGGGCUGAGGUUUUUCACGGUUUAUGGGCCUUGGGGCAGGCCCGAUAUGAUGUACUAUUCGUUUACUAGAGACAUGUUGAGAGGGAAGCCCAUUGUGGUUUUCGAGGGCCCAGGCCAUAAGUCCGUGGCCCGGGACUUCACAUACGUUGACGAUGUCGUAAAGGGUUUGUUGGCGGCGGUGGACACGGCGGAGAAGAGCACCGGUAGUGGAGGCAAGGUGGAGAGGCCGGCACAGCUUAGGGUUUUCAAUCUCGGUAACACCUCGCCGGUGCCGGUUAAUGAGGUGGUGGGGCUUUUGGAGAGGUUGCUUGGGGUGAAGGCAAAGAAGGUAGUGGUGCCGAUGCCGAGAAACGGAGACGUUUUGUUUACUCAUGCUAAUGUAAGCUUGGCAAGGAGGGAGCUUGGUUAUGUGCCCACCACGGAUUUGAAGACGGGGUUGAGGAAAUUUGUGGACUGGUAUCUUGAUUAUUAUUCGGAGUCCAAUUGGAAGAGUGCUUGGUAAAUGUAAAUUUUGUUUGACGAUGUCUUAAUCUUGUUUUUUUUUUUUCCCCAGUUAGAGAUGUACAAUUUUACUAAGAUAAUGUGGCGCUUUAUCACACUGACAAA